CCGAGAAGUUCUGGGCAAAGUACUGGGAACUGGCGGCGCGAUCGGCGCGCGGGCGAGUCCUGUCCGGCCCGGAGAGCAAAGCGCGGCUGCGGGGCGCCCCUGGGUUCGGACCCGCCUGGCUGCCUGUCCGUGGCCGUCCCCGCCCCCGUCUUGUGUGGCUGGUGCGGGAACUGUCAGCUGCGUGUGCCGGUUGCGGGGUGGGGGGUGGGGGGAGACCGGAGAAGCUGGCUGGGCGUCUUUCGGGUUUGGACACGAACCUCGGAGCCAGACAGUGGGGAACGGGCGCCCGGCUGCAGAGCGCGCAGAGGCUGGACUAAGUUACAUUCCUGCCUACAGUGAACGACGGUUCCUUACACCCAACCUCCACCUGUGCUCCUAUACUUUUGAUGUAGAUCAUUUUCACAGGAAUUUCCUCCAGCUCAUCUAAAAUGCUUUGAACGUGGAUUCAAUAUAAGCCGAGCUCCAGCCCGUGUGGACCGUCCAUAUUCUGCGCUACUCCCUUCUGAUGGCCUUUGACUGUGUGGAGGCCCAGUGACCACCAGCUCACGAUGAGUGAUGAGAAGAGCCUCGGGGUGUCCCAAAAGUUGGUCUCGCCUUCCCGGAGCACCAGCAGCUGCUCCUCGAAGCAGGGAAGUCGGCAGGACAGCUGGGAAGUGGUGGAAGGACUGAGGGGCGAGAUGAACUACACGCAGGAACCACCUGUGCAGAAAGGAUUUUUGCUGAAAAAGAGGAAGUGGCCUCUGAAAGGCUGGCACAAGAGAUUCUUCUACCUGGACAAAGGGAUCUUGAAAUAUGCCAAGAGCCAAACAGAUAUAGAGAGAGAGAAGCUGCAUGGCUGCAUUGAUGUUGGCCUCUCGGUGAUGUCUGUCAAGAAGUCAUCGAAAUGCAUCGAUCUAGACACUGAGGAGCAUAUCUACCAUCUGAAGGUAAAGUCAGAGGAAGUAUUUGAGGAGUGGGUAUCCAAACUCCGCCAUCACAGAAUGUACCGUCAGAACGAAAUUGCCAUGUUUCCACAUGAAGUGAAUCACUUUUUUCCGGGAUCCACUGUCACAGAUGGUGCACCUGGCGUCUUGGACUCCAUCUCAAGUAGAAAGCGUAGCAGUAUAUCAAAGCAGAGUUCCUUUCAAACAGGAAGCACUUUGUCAUUUUCUUGUGGCGAGGCUCGAGUUCCAUUGUGGUUGCAGUCUUCAGAGGACAUGGAAAAGUGCUCAAAAGACCUUGCCCACUGCCAUACCUACCUGGUGGAGAUGAGCCAGCUCCUGCAAAGCAUGGAUGUCCUGCACCGCACCUACUCAGCCCCUGCCAUCAACGCUAUGCAGGGUGGAGCUUUUGAAAGUCCCAAAAAGGAAAAAAGAUCAAACAGGAGGUGGCGGUCCAGAGCUCUUGGCAAAGAUGCCAAAGGAACGCUGCAGGUCCCUAAACCUUAUCCCGGCCCAGUCAGACUGCAUUCCUCGAACCCUAAUCUGUCCACUCUUGACUUUGGAGAAGAGAAAAAUUAUUCCGAUGGCUCUGAAACCUCAUCAGAGUUUUCCAAAAUGCAAGAGGACCUGUGUCACAUUGCCCAUAAAGUUUACUUAACUUUAAGGUCAGCUUUUAAUACCAUAACACUGGAGCGAGAGAAGCUGAAGCAGCUGAUGGAACAGGACGUCUCUGGCUCGCCUUCUGCCCAGGUCCUUGGUCUGAAGCACGCUCUCUCCUCUGCCCUAGCACAAAACACAGAUCUUAAAGAACGCUUAUGCAGAAUCCAUGCUGAGUCUCUGCUCCUCGAACCCCCCGCUGCCGCCAAGUUGGGUGACAGUCUGGCAGAGGAAAACUCCAGAGAUGACAGCCGAGUCCUGGUCCAUCAGCUUUCCAACGAAAGCCGGCUCUCCAUCACUGAUUCCUUGUCCGAGUUUUUUGAUGCCCAGGAAGUUCUUUUAUCUCCAAGCUCUUCGGAAAAUGAGAUUUCUGAAGAUGAUUCAUAUGUCAGUGACAUAAGUGAUAACCUCUCCUUAGACAAUCUCAGUAAUGAUUUAGACAACGAGAGGCAGACUCUGGGACCCGUUCUUGAGAGCGGGGGAGAGUCCCGGUCUCAGAGACGAACGUGCUUGCCCGCCCCUUGCCCCAACACCAGUAACAUCAGCUUGUGGAACAUCCUGAGAAACAACAUAGGGAAGGACCUGUCCAAGGUGGCCAUGCCGGUGGAGCUGAACGAGCCCCUGAACACGCUGCAGAGACUCUGCGAGGAGCUGGAGUACAGCGAGCUGCUGGACAAGGCGGCCCAGCUGCCCGACGCCCUGCAGAGGAUGGUGUACGUGGCAGCCUUUGCUGUGUCAGCCUAUGCGUCCAGCUACUUCCGAGCCGGGAGCAAACCCUUUAACCCUGUUCUGGGGGAGACAUACGAGUGUAUUCGUGAGGACAAGGGCUUCCAGUACUUUUCAGAACAGGUCAGCCACCACCCACCUAUCUCUGCUUGUCACGCCGAGUCUGGAAAUUUUGUUUUCUGGCAAGAUGUGAGAUGGAAAAACAAAUUCUGGGGCAAAUCCAUGGAAAUUGUUCCCAUCGGUACAACCCACGUCACUCUGCCUGUGUUUGGGGAUCACUUUGAGUGGAACAAAGUGACCUCUUGCAUCCAUAACAUACUAAGCGGGCAGCGGUGGAUCGAGCACUAUGGCGAGAUCGUCAUCAAGAAUCUGAGCGACGACUCCUGCCACUGCAAAGUGAACUUCAUAAAGGCGAAGUACUGGAGCACCAACGCCCGCGAGAUCGAAGGCACCGUGUACGACAAGAGCGGGAAAGCAGUGCACCGGCUCUUCGGGAAGUGGCACGAGAGCAUCUACUGCGGCAGCUCCUCGUCGGCCGCCUGCAUCUGGAGAGCCAAUCCGAUGCCAAAAGGCUAUGAGCAAUAUUAUGGCUUCACGCAGUUUGCACUUGAAUUAAAUGAAAUGGAUCCUUUGUCAAAGUCUUUAUUACCACCGACUGACACUCGAUUUCGGCCAGACCAAAGGUUCCUGGAGGAGGGGAACUUAGAAGAAGCGGAAGUGCAGAAGCAGAGAAUUGAGCAGCUGCAGCGGGAACGGCGGCGGAUCCUGGAGGAAAAUAACGUGGAGCACAAGCCCAGGUUUUUCAGGAAAUCCAGCGAUGAUGCUUGGGUGAGCAAUGGAACCUACUUGGAACUUAGGAAGGAUCUUGGUUUUUCCACACUGGAUCAUCCUGUCUUGUGGUGAAGAAAGGAAGACAAGGAAGGGUCCUCUUGCUUCUCCCGUGUUUGCGCUCUGUAGCCACAAACCUGUGUCUCUAUUUAAAAGAUAGUCUCUAGAAUGAUCACUUGUGCUUAGCUUAGCAUUGUAAGUAUUUAAGUAUAUAUUUUCUUCAGUAGGUUUCUUUACAAUUCUAAACAUUAUCACAAUUAUUUAUAUGAAUGUAGAGCGAGCAUCUCUUGCUAUUUCUUUUUAUAUAUAAACUAUUUAAAAAUGAAAGAUUGAAUGUUAACAUGUGGGUUUAAAAAAAAAAGCUUUAACACUAAUUUUCCAAACAUAGGAAAAUUCAAAUUAAAUUUAUGCCUUAUAAAAUUUGUUGGAGAAAAAAAUUCCUCCCCCAGGUGUAGUGAGAAAUAAGAUACCCAGUAUUACGAUCCAUAAGUAAGGUACCUGAGUUUAAUUUGGUAGCUCAGAUAUCUUUUUGCCUCAGACAGCUCUCGAGUUGUUCAUAUUAGACAGUUCUGCGGGUGCUGGAGUACAAGGAAUAUUUGCAACUGUAUAGCUGAGAGAUACCAGAGGACCCCUGGCAUAUGCAGUUUAAACAAGGAUGGAUCUGGUUCUUCCUGAAGCAGCAGCAGUGGAAUUGUCCCUCCUUGCAGUUAGCUCCAUAGCCUUUUGCACAGAAUGGUCCUCCUUUACUCUGAGAAAUUAUUAAUAGGAGAAAAUUCCCUUUCAUUAAAUGGCAUCCGGAAAGGUAGUGGGCAGUUUCUCUUUCGUGAGAGCUGAACCCUUGGGAAACUGAGAAAUGGUUUUGUUUUCCAUGCCUCCGGCUUCCCUUCCCAUCCCUCCCCACCCUGUGGAUGGCCAGUAUGCCAGCGGAGUGUCAAACACAGAGCAUUCCGUGUAGUUGGACUUUCUAAAAGUUUAGUAUAAUGACUGUUUAAAAAAAAAAAAAGCAACAUGUUUUUCUUAAAUACUGUUUUGGUAUUUUCUACCUCUAAAUAAACACCAUAUUUUAGAUCUUAUAAAAGUUUUGACCAUCUGCCUUAUAGACAAAUGUGGAGAAUUGAUGUUCUUAGUUUGUGUUCUGUUCUGAUAAAUCUUUAAAUGUCCUAGCCCUUUCCUACACGUUCUUCUUACGCAUACCAUUCUUUUUGUGAGUUUUGCAGCAGUCUUGAAUAGUAUAGAUUAUAACCACCCAAAUGGAAAAACUUUUCUUCAAUGUAUUACUUCAAAUUAUGGUAAUAGAAUUUGUGCUAGAGUUGAGUUGUAUUACCGAACAAUUCCAACUUCUGCCUAAAUUACAUUAAAACCAAAGCGUAAUUUUUAAGCCUUUUACUCUAAUGUCUAUAAAAAUUCUAUGGAAUAUUAAGUAUAAUAAUACUGUGGCAAAAGAUUUCUCCAGAAAACAUUUUUUUUAAUAUUUAGAUGAUUUUAGCACAUAUAGAACACUACGAUGAAAAAUAGAAUA